AUGCCACUAAAAGUUUUUAAUAAUAAUAAUAUCAUUCUAUUAAAAUGGUCAUUCAUAAUAUCUAUUUUACUAACUUUAAUUCAAUCAAUCUCGUCAGUUGAUCCACGUUACGGUCAUACUGCUACUCUUAUAAAUGAUACAAUAUAUUUUGUAGGUGGAAAAACAAAUGGUGAUAGGUUUACCGUGGAUUUUAUAAGUCUUAACUUAUCAAAUACGUUCUUAUUAAAUAUACCUCCUUGGAUAGAACAAGAUUCUACAGGAAUGCCAUUAACAUUUGAUCACUCUGCUGUAGCUGGUGGUGUAAAUUAUACUAAAAUUGUGGUUUUUGGAGGUGGUGUAGAUGAUCCUGCUUCUGCUGCUAUGCCAAGUUUAACAGUUUAUGAUCCAAACCUUAGGUUAUGGAAUCGAUUAACAAUUUCUUCAACACCGAUAAGAAGAUUUAAACAUUCUGCUGCAAUAUUAUCAAAUCAAAAUAUGUUAAUUUAUGGUGGUGAAGUGGGUAGUGAAACUGGAAGUCAAUCUAGUUUUGUAGAAUAUGAUUUUUGGAGUUUAAAUACUACUUCGUUAUCUGGGUGGCAGGGGUUACCAUCUUUAGCUAACUCUCCUGGAAUGAGAGAACGUCAUACUGCUAGUGUUAUUGGAAAUAAGAUGAUUAUUUUAGGAGGUACUGACGGUAAAUCUCUUAUCCCUAUGAGUUUAAUCUAUGUAUUUGAUUCUGUUGCAGUUAAUUGGACUUUAAUAACUGCUAUCGGUCAAGUUCCUUCUCCACGAAAUGAUCAUUCAGCUGUGGUUUUAAAGAAUUCUAUUAUAAUAUACGGUGGAUCUGGUAUAGAUAAUACUACAAUAUUUGGUGACGUUGCAAUUCUUGAUACGAUAUAUUGGAACUGGGAAGCUCCUCUUACCACUAACACACCUGUAAAUCGAUUCCAACAUUCGGCAACAAUCUUUGGUGCUAAUAUGAUCGUUGCAUUUGGAAAAAUUAGUCCUGGAACAGGUCCUGGAACCAUAGAUGAUCAAAUAUAUUGUUUAAAUUUAUUAAACUGGACGUGG